AUGGAGUACCCCAUGAGGAAUCGGAGCCAAGAUCAUGAAGUUGGCGAAUCGCUGAAUGUCAAUGAGGAACUCUUGAGACCUAUGGGUGCCGAGCUAGGAAGGUUACUUUCUAUGAAAAAGGUCGAUGAAGCACUGUCUUUUGCAAAAGAAAUGAAGUCUAUGGCUCCAGCAUUGUCAACAGCUACCUUUUAUGAACGUUUGAUUGUCAAGGUCAAGAGGCUUUGGGAUAAUAUGGAUGAAUCGGCAGCAUCAAUGGCAACACUCAAUGACAGCAUAACGAAGAUCGACUUCAUCAGCAGACUUCCUUUCGAUAUUGCCAUCCACGUUGUCGACUAUCUUUGGGGAAUCGUUUCCAACAUGGAGGAUGAUACGACACCUACGUUUUUAUAUGUGUCAAAGCAUUGGCGCCAAACAAUUCUCGAAACCACACCAUUCUUGUCGUAUUCGCUACCAGCAACAAAGAUACUUGACCAUGAUAAGGCGACCUCCUCACAUGCUUCUCGUAUUCGAACAAUGACGAUCCAUGGCAAUGUCAUAUCAUUUUCAGCAUUACUUGGGAUACAUCUUGCCAAUCUCAAGCAUCUUUGCAUUCAUAUACCUACUGACACGACAUCUUGUAUACAUGGCUAUGAGACGACAUGUGCACGUGGCGUAUGUUCUGCCGUAAGACACAAUUACAACCUGGAUGAAGUCAUGGAACGUUGUCCAAACCUUGUGAGCUUGAAGUGGAGUGGUUGCGUGUUGAAUGGACCGACUACAAAGCAAUAUCAUCAACUACGCGUAUUACAACUACGAGAUGACGAAGAUGAAAUCGAUGAACUGCUUGUCAAGUUGCCUUGCCUCGUUGUUUUCUCCAUUGAAGGCAUCCGCGACAUCAACUACCUGAAGCGAGUCAGCAGCUAUUGCCCGUCGCUAAAAUACCUCAAGUACAACGCACCGCAUGAUGACGUGAUCGAAUGGCCAUACGAAUGGGAUACGAGCUUGGAACAGGGCAUCCAGGAGUUUUCAUUCCAUAGCGAAUGCGAUGAUGAUGUUCCGUUGCACAUGAUUGAAAACUUGGUGCAUGCAUCCAAGACGUUGAGAUAUCUACAUAUUGGCGAGAAUAUCUAUGCCAAUUUUCAUCACGCCAUGCCUCUGCCGCACGAUACAUCGUUCUCGCAUUUGAUUCGUUUGUCAUUUGAGUCACAAUAUGAUGAUGAUGGUCGUGAUUUUCUUCUCAGCAUUGUACGUCGUUCGCCCUGCCUUGAGACGAUCAAAUCGGUUCCUCCUUUUCUAAAGUGGGAUGAGCAAGAAUCACUUGACCUCAUGUCAUCUUAUACUACUCUUGUCAACACAACUGUGAUCAUGGGUGAAGACGACCAAAAUGUGGAUGCUUUGAGACGAUUCCUCAAUACGCAUAUUGAAAGGGGUGGUUAUUCGGCAUUGCGGUCGCUGGCGAUAGCACCAUGGACUGAGGAAUGCGCUCAGCAACUUUUACCGCUUAUCACACAAUUGACAUUACUGGAGGACUUGCAUAUCGCUGUGUCGCUUGAUUCACUAUUACCCUUGAUUAUGGACUCAAUUGCUACCACCAACGUGAUGAAAAUAAAGCAACUGAAAAUCAGCUUUGUACGACGGCGCAUUGAAGAUCCUGUAUUUGCUCGCUUACAACAUGCGCACACUCUCGAGUCUCUUAUCAUCGAUGCAAGUCGACUAUCGACCAUGGCUGCACUUUCGUUAAUUGAAUUGACCCAGCUUCUCCAUAUACAAAUCCCAUUCGACAGCCUGGACGCUUUGGUUAUUGACAUUCUUCGCAAGCAGUUCCCCAGUAUAAAGGAGUUAGAGCCCCACCAUAUGCUGAGAUAA